AACGUCGUAAGUAAUUACCCCAGAACCUGAAGACCCCCGAUUUGUACCCCCUUGACUUGACCGAGUGCCCUGUGCUACUCAAGGGGUGCCUUCGGUCCCAUUCAAUUGUUCGCCCGUUCCAUUUCUCCCCCUUUUACGCAAAGGUACUCGCUCGACCUUCCCAACCCGAGUCCCAAAAGUCAAUUAUUUUGACAUUCAAGUCCCUAGGACUUUUUAUUGUCAUCUUCCUGGCCAACACCUCUUCCCCCCCAGACUAGGAAUCGGACUAGUCACACUUUAAACAACUGGCUCACUCCAUCAUCUUAACGAGGUGCCUUGGUCUUGUCCAUUUCGAUUACUCUUCAACAGCCCAAGACUCCCUAGCGAAGCCACCUGCAUACAUUCCACUUGGCGUUUGGACCUCCUCAUCUCACACGAACAGACGCCAGAUUCUUCCGGCCCCUCUUGGGAAGCCAGCUUUCAUUGAAUCUCUGUGCGCUUGGCAGUUCCACCACGCUGUCAAUUGCACUAACCCAACGAAACGGACGACCGGACCGCGCGUUUACGUCCCGCACCACGAGAAACUCCAAAAGGCUAAUAGCCUGCGGCCGAUAACCAUUCUCACUCAACCUCCUUCGCCCGAACUAACGCACGUUUUUCUUUCGUUGCUGCGUCUUUGCCAACACCUCCUUCAUAAACGGCCCAGCCGAGCCAUAACCGAUAUAUACAGCUCCACUCUCCCGGGACUCCAACUGAAUGGUUUUAAUUUCACCCGAUCGGUGCUAUUCCUACACAAUCACAAGGAGAAGCCGAAAAGCAAACCAAAAGUCACUGCGUUAGUCUUCACAUUAGGUACCUCUUGGUACCGGCUGAUCUAUAUAUAUAUAUAUAUAGUUGCCACAACAUCCGGUCUUGGACUCAUGAUCUCGACACCGUACGAGCUUGCUUUUAUCGAACCCGACGACAGACUGUUUUCUGCAGUCAGAUCCGGUCACUCCAACUUGACUUCGAUAUCAAUCGACAUAUAUACCACAACACAUAUACUGUCAACUAGCCGUGCCAUAACUUGGAUCCAGGAGGUUCAGGAGGGAUAAACUCCCUGGUCAACUGGGACAAGGUUCUCUCCUCAGAGUCGGCUUUCAGUGGCUCUCCAGUGGAGAUAAACCGUCACCAUGUCGUUGGGCGUGGCUAUCCAGUCGGCCGUCUUCUAUGUCAUAGCAUGUACACCUUGCACCGGGGCGCGAGCUAGGAGCAAAGCAAAGGCGCGUGCACGACGGGAAAGGCAGGAGAAGGAUAGACUGGAGGCCGAGAACCCGGGCCUAUACCGCCACCCCAGUCCGUUCAACACAAGUCCGCAUUGGGACGAGGAGAUAGCCAUGGGACCCUCAUUACCAAAGAAGAGUGGGAGCGGCAGACAUACCUCCAGCCAACGUAGGCUUACGUCUGCUUCUUCAGGAAAAGACACCACCAGGAGUGAUAGCACAAUAGCCAUCUCCCCGUCAAUAAGUAUAGCAGCGCCUGCUAAACUAUCAAAAUCUGCGACAAUGCCGGCAUCAGCUCCGUCAGAACAUUCCCCGCCGAAUCCUGGCAGCAGUUCUACCGUUGUCCCCGAGGGUAACCCAAGCUUAAGCCGAACGGUAUCCGAAAAUUGGAACCUAAAACGGUACCAACGCGAGGACGAGGAGCUUUGGGGGUACGAUAUCCCCACGAACAACGCGGCCGAUACUGCCCGACCUGGUCAGAAGAUCAUGGACGCCAUUGCCAAGGCGGGUUCAUCAGCAGGUCGCUUAUUAGAUUCUACGUUACUCCUAGCCGGCAGCGGAAGUGGCAAGGACCGCAACAGCAACGGUGAGCUGCGCGAGAUUACCAACGAGGACCGCCGAAACUUUUACUCGCCCUCGACCCCGACAACCACAACAUUCUCCAGCUACCGUAACCCGCCCGUCAACGACUACCACCCCCCGGUUGUCAGCUCCAGCCCGGCUCACAAGGACGAAAUGAGCUGGCUUCGCCAACCUCCCCCGGCUGUCAAGAUUAUGGAGGCCAAGGUGCCUGUUAGCCGCAGUGCCAGCUUGGCCAGCACGGUCAGCCGCAGAAGCCACUUCCCCGGAUCGUCAGCAAACAACCUUUCCGAGUCAGGUCUCGGCAGGGUUGUUGGAGAGCGUCUGGUUGGUGCCAAGCUCCGCAACGGAGAGCAGUUCCCAACAGGAAGGACGCCCUCGUCUGGAUCAGGCGCGAGAGCAGGUGGGAGGCCCCGCCGGACCACAGUCUCAUCAUCGCGCUCUAAGCAAAGCCAGAUGAGCUUCUCGCCUGACUCGUCGUCGGACGACGAGUCCUCCGAGAUUGAAGCCCCGCGGACCAGCCGCCGUCAACUCGCCAAGCCUUCGACGACCCCUGCUGAGGCUGUAGAUGACGCACAAGACGGACAUGCCAGCCAGAGGCCCAAACUUGAGACUAUUGUGAGCUCGGAUCUCUCGAACUCUUCAAGGCAGACCGACCUUGUCCUGUCCCCGAUGGAGAGCAUCGUUGGCGUUGACCCGAAGACAGAGACAAAGCUGGCGACCGAGACCAAAGAGAUGGCCGAGCGUCCCAGCGGCCGAUCAAUCGACAGCGGCAUGGCUCUUUCGGUAUAAAGAAAGCCGUCCACUGUGAAACGGCUGAUACAGUACAUACAUGUUCACGUUUCUUUUUCAAAUUCUUGGCCACAUAUUUAUGCGUCACUCGAGAUGUUUAGAAAGAGCCCUUCUAUUAUCUACCACUUUAGUUUCUCAUUCCGUUCCGCCACGCCAUUUCCUUGUACCACCUCUCACUCUUUCUAUUCAACCUCCACCUCAAGUUGACAAUCUUACCUUUCUUUUUAUUGCAUUGGGCCGGGGUUAUUUGGUCAAGCAUCCUACAGGCCAGGGACGGCACGGUCCCUGUUUGUUUUGGAGUAUGGAGUUACUUUUUCCUGUCAUCAUCCUUCUUUUUUUCCUUUUUCCAAUCGGGGUUCAUUGAAAGCAUUUUCACAAAUAAGCAUGCUUUGCUAUUGUUAUUCUUAUGGCAUUUCCCUUGGUGGCUGGUAGAAAUUGCUGGAAAAGCGAGCGCCUCUGGAUAGCGCAUCAAUGAUAGAUAUAUACAAAACCUUGAUUCUAUCUUUGUCUCUUGAAAAAAUAAAACACGAAAUUUUUAACAUGA